CAUUUUCACUAAUCAUUUUAGUCUAAAAUAAUAAGUAUGAAGACACGUAGUAGGAGCAAACUCGGAUCUGUCAACAAGAGUUUAGACAAUGUUAAACCUAAGACGAGACCAAAGUCAAAGCCAAAUCCCAGGCCUUCUUCAAGAAGGAAGAGUUGAUCAAAAAGAGACUCAGUUUCUUCAAGCGCUACUGAAGCUCUCGACUCUAAGAAAGUAGGUACAUACAGCCUUAGACGAGCCAGAAAGAAGGUGAACUACAAGGAGAAAAACUAUGCUUCUGACCCAGAAGAGGAGAGUCCAAUACCACCUUCACAAGGAUAUGCCAAACAGUCUGCCAUUAAGCCUGGAGAUAGAAAGAUUGGCAUUGUUCCUAAAAUAAUGACUGGGAAGUCCAUCAUCAACUUGAGUGGGAAAGUAAAAAAAGCAGAAGAUGACGAUGACAUAGUUAUGAGUGAAGGAGAAAUCUCCCAUACAAACCCCAAGAUGCAAGAACUUUAUGACAUCCAACAGAAAAACCAAUCUGAAUCAGAAGAAGAGCAAAUAAACACAAGUCGUAGUAUAGAUUCCAGUCAGAUAAGUAAAAGUAAGCCUGAUGUAGAAGAAGAAUGGAAAGUGGGGAAAGAAGCAACUGAUUCUCCAGAAAGCGAUGUAUCACUCUAUUCUGAUCCAGAGGCUAACAAAAAGAAGAGAGGACCUAAAGGGCCGGAGCUCAAAAGUGUUAGAGAACUAAUCGAGCAUUCAAAGUAUAAAUAAACUCCUGAAAGCAUCCAGAGAGAGUUACAAAAGACUCCAAGAAGGAGAAGCUGACUCUGAAAAAGAAGGAGAGGGUGAAGGAGAAGGAGAACAAGAGAAGGAAGAUGGCCAUGAAUCAGAUAUAUCCCAACCUGUUAAAGUUGAGGAAAUCCUCCCAUUCAUUCCUCCUACAAUUAAAUGUAUUAGGAUGCCAAAGCAUCUAAAAUGGGUUACUAUUCAUCAUUCAUCUAAAGUUAACGAAACAGUUCUGAUGCAAGAAAUAGAUGCACUAGAUCAAGAGAUUGCUCGGCUUAGAGACCUAAGAAAAAUCCAUCAGGAUUUUAGAGAAUCAGUCGGAUUUCCAAUCGGAGUGAUGAAAUCAGCAUGCCCAUGAUGAGGCCAGUGGACCAUCAAGAAACAUUUCUGUUUACAUGAGAUAUGCUCUGCUGAGCAAUGCAAGCACAAGGCUGUCAUCAUGGAAACAAAGAGAUCUGCGAUUGCUAAUGGAGAGGAAGACCCAUCUCAGCCAAGAAGAGGGCGACCCAAACGAUAUAUAGUCAAAGAAGAUGGGAUAUACGAUAAGGAAUCAGAUAGCUACCUGAGCCAGAUGAGCAAAUGGGAUCCAGACAACUUCAUUGAGGAUGAUAUAUUCAUUAUCACUCAGUAUACAAAAGAAGAAAGAAAAUAAACACAUUGAAGAGUUCCUUGAGGAAGAAGAUCGGAAGAAUCAACAGAGACAGAUUAUUAUUGAUAAAGCUAUUGAAGAUAAGAAGAAGAAACAAAAAGAAAUAGAGGAAAAGAAGAAAAAAAGAGAAGAGAAACAGAGGAAAAAGGAAGAGGAGAAACAAAAGAAGCCACGAAAGAGAAGACGGAAGAAGAUUGAGGUUGAAGAUGAGAAAAUUAUUAGAAGAAUGAUACCCGAUGAACUAAAAUUUUCUCCGAAUAAAAAUCAAAGUCCACAACAAAAUUUGGAUAAAAACUUGGUUGAUUUAUUUCAUGAUUAUGUUCCAUCAAAUCCUGGGGAGGGAAGACCACUCAUGCUUCCUCCAAUGAUGCCAACGUAUAAUAUGGCGCCUAUGAAGCAUCCUGUAUUACGAUUUCGACCAAUGAUGCCAUUUUUGCCUCUAAAUCCACCAAUGUCAAAUCAAAGUAGUGAAACUUUUGGAUCUUGUAGUCCUACUCAAUUUAACAUGAGUCAUUCAAAUGUGACUCAAAAAUCUCAAAAUCCGCACGAAAAUACCUAUAACUCUCUUGAGUUCGGAUCACCCAAUGCUACUACAGAUCACAGCUACUCGAGUGCAUUUCUAGAUAUUAUCAAUCACUCAAAUAUGAAGGCCACUAGAUCACCAAAAAAGUCAUCUAAAAAUCCUUAA